GGGGGCGCAGGCGAGCGCGCGGGGACCCCGGCCGAGGGAUGGGCUGCGCCCCCAGCAUCCACGUCUCGCAGAGCGGCGUGAUCUACUGCCGGGACUCGGACGAGUCUAACUCGCCUUGCCAGACCACCAGCGUGUCGCAGGGCCCCGCGGCGCCCCUGCACGGCCUCUUCGUCCAGACCGACGCCGCCGACGCCAUCCCCCCCAGCCGCGCGUCUGGAGCCCCCGGCGCCGCCCGAGUCCGCAAGGCCCGCGCCGAGCUGGGCAGUUGCAGCAGCGCGGGCUCCGCAGCCCCGGCCGCGACCACCUGCAGGGGCCGGAGGCGCCACUGCUGCAGCAGCGCUGAGGCCGAGACCCAGACCAGCUACACCAGCGUCAAGGUUUUGCUGAUAUUUGCGAAGGAAGACAGUCAGAGUGAUGGAUUCUGGUGGGCUUGUGACAGAGCCGGCUACAAAUGCAAUAUUUCUCGAACUCCCGAGUCAGCCCUCGAGUGCUUUUUAGAUAAGCACCAUGAAAUUAUUGUCAUCGAUCACAGACACACUCGAAACUUUGAUGCAGAAGCUGUGUGCAGGUCGAUCCGGGCCACAAAUCCCUCCGAGCACACGGUGAUCCUUGCGGUGGUUUCACAAGCAUCGGGUGACCAUGAAGAGGCCUCUGUCCUUCCUCUUCUCCAUGCAGGAUUCAACAGGAGAUACAUGGAGAAUAGCAGCAUAAUUGCUUGCUAUAAUGAACUGAUUCAAAUAGAACAUGGGGAAGUGCGCUCACAGUUCAAAUUACGGGCCUGUAAUUCGGUGUUUACAGCAUUAGACCACUGUCAUGAAGCCAUAGAAAUAACAAGUGAUGAUCACGUGAUCCAGUAUGUCAACCCUGCCUUCGAAAGGAUGAUGGGCUAUCACAAAGGGGAGCUCCUGGGGAAAGAACUCGCUGAGCUGCCCAAAAGUGAUAAAAACAGGGCAGACCUUCUGGACACCAUCAAUACGUGCAUCAAGAAGGGCAAGGAGUGGCAGGGGGUUUACUAUGCCAGACGGAAAUCCGGAGACAGCAUUCAACAACACGUGAAGAUCACCCCUGUGAUUGGCCAAGGAGGGAAAAUUAGGCAUUUUGUCUCCCUCAAGAAACUGUGUUGUACCGCUGACAAUAAUAAGCAGAUUCACAAGAUUCAUCGUGAUUCAGGAGACAAUUCUCAGACAGAGUCUCAUUCAUUCCGUUACAAGAAUAGGAGGAAAGAGUCCAUUGAUGUGAAAUCAAUAUCAUCUCGAGGCAGUGAUGCACCAAGCCUACAGAACCGUCGCUACCCAUCCAUGGCAAGGAUCCACUCCAUGACCAUUGAGGCCCCCAUCACAAAGGUCAUAAAUAUAAUCAAUGCAGCCCAAGAAAACAGCCCUGUCACAGUGGCAGAAGCGUUGGACAGGGUUUUAGAAAUUUUGCGAACCACAGAACUGUACUCCCCUCAGCUGGGUACCAAAGAUGAAGAUCCUCACACCAGUGACCUUGUUGGGGGCCUGAUGACUGAUGGUUUAAGAAGGUUGUCAGGAAACGAGUAUGUGUUUACUAAGAAUGUACACCAGAGUCACAGCCACCUUGCGAUGCCAAUAACCAUCAACGAUGUCCCCCCUUCGAUUGCUCAGCUACUUGAUAAUGAAGAAAGUUGGGACUUCAACAUCUUUGAGUUGGAAUCUGUUACACAUAAGAGGCCAUUGGUUUACCUGGGCUUAAAGGUGUUUUCCCGGUUUGGAGUCUGUGAAUUUUUGAACUGUUCUGAGACCACUCUGCGGGCUUGGCUGCAAGUGAUUGAAGCCAACUAUCACUCCUCCAACGCCUACCAUAACUCCACUCAUGCCGCAGACGUCCUGCAUGCCACUGCCUUCUUCCUUGGGAAGGAAAGAGUGAAGGGAAGCCUGGAUCAGCUGGAUGAGGUGGCCGCACUGAUUGCUGCCACAGUCCAUGAUGUGGAUCACCCGGGAAGGACCAACUCUUUCCUGUGCAAUGCUGGCAGCGAACUUGCUGUGCUCUACAACGACACUGCUGUCCUGGAAAGUCACCACACAGCCCUGGCCUUCCAGCUCACAGUCAAAGACAGCAAGUGCAACAUUUUCAAGAAUAUUGACAGGAACCAUUACCGAACACUGCGGCAGGCUAUCAUUGACAUGGUUUUGGCAACAGAGAUGACAAAACACUUUGAACAUGUGAACAAAUUUGUGAAUAGUAUCAACAAGCCAAUGGCCUCUGAGACUGAGGGCAGUGACUGUGAAUGCAAUCCUAUUGGGAAGAACUUUCCAGAAAACCAAAUGCUGAUCAAACGAAUGAUGAUUAAGUGUGCUGAUGUGGCCAAUCCAUGCCGCCCCUUGGACCUGUGCAUUGAAUGGGCUGGGAGGAUCUCGGAGGAGUAUUUUGCACAGACGGAUGAAGAGAAGAGACAAGGGCUGCCUGUGGUGAUGCCAGUGUUUGACCGGAACAGCUGUAGCAUCCCAAAGUCCCAAAUUUCCUUCAUUGAUUACUUCAUAACAGACAUGUUUGAUGCUUGGGAUGCCUUUGCACAUCUGCCAGCCCUGAUGCAACAUUUAGCAGAUAACUACAAACACUGGAAGACAUUGGAUGACCUAAAGUGCAAAAGUCUGAGGCUUCCAUCCGACAACUAAAGCCAAACCAGAGAACAGGACCUCUUGAUCUACAAACGGCACUGUGAAUCACAGUAGUGCAAGCAAGAGGCGUCCCUUUAUAAUGACAGUGACAGACGUAGGUUAAGAAGCUAAUGUUUAAUAUUUGACCUUGAAUCAUUCAAGUCCCCAAAUCUCAUUUUUAGAAAUGUAUGUUCCAUAAAGAAAAGUGGUUGCUUUUUUUCCAACAAUCACUUAGGAGCAGAACAAAUACUUGGCAAAUUACUUUGCUUUGCUGCCAUCCAUGUGUCCUUGUCAAACCGUGGAGCUGAUUCAUCAUAAUUCAUAGGACACCAAAACGCAGAGACAUGGUGCAUGUGAGCCCAUCACACUGGACGAUGGCCAGUUAAGUUCAGCUCGUCUCUUUCCAUAAAAUCACCAUCACUGUUAAGUUUUUAUUCUCAAGAGCAUCAGUCUGAAGGAUUCAUACAUAAGAAGCCCAUCUUGAACAGAAAUAUCUAAGAAAAAAACUAAACUGAGCAAAACAACUGGGGUCAAACUAAUAGCAAAGCAGUUAGCAUCCCAGCCUCCAGAGCUAGAUGGUUCUACUGGUCACCCGUGUUAUUGGGUGAGAACACAGCCUUGGCUUGGGGAGUGCUCUCAAGACUGCUAGCAGCAGCCUGUGCAAUCCUCUUUCCUGUAAGGGAGGCAUCCUAACCAAAGCCAUGCACCAUGGGGAUGGCAAUGACAUCUUAUUUUGGAGGGAAUCCAUGAGCUUCCCUUAAUUCUGGCUUACAGAGGCAGCCACAAGGCACUAUACUAAGUAUUAUAUAAAAGCCAUUAAAUUUGAAUGCCCUUGGACAAGCUUUUUUUAAAGAAACAAAUUUAUAUACAUUUGCUGUUUAAAAUUUUUAUUCAGACAAUCUAAAUUUUCUGGGUUAAGUCCAUGGAGCAUGUUGUGCCAUGUCCCAUCUGUACGUGUAUAUUUGGGGAGGGGAGAGGGGAAGUUUCAAGGUUCAAAUGUUUUUAACCUAUCUAUAUUUGAGAUCAUGCUGUUUUGCUUUAAUAAUGUACAAAAAAAAAAUCACAACAUGUGUAAAUAUAUCAGAAAAUAGGCAUAUAGAGAGGCAGUAAAUACUAUUUUAAGCAUUAAGUGUAUGCUAAAAGCUUCUAAAGCACAAGUGCAUAUUUUUAUACAGCUCUUUUCACAACUUUCUGUGAUCUGCAUUAAUGUCAGACUGGAGAUUUUCCUUUCUCUUUUACCCAGCCAACCUUUCUGUAUGUAUUAUAGAUACUAGAAAUUCAGUGAACAAAAUCAUCUUUGUGGUUUUUUUGUUGUUGUUUUCAAAUUCUCUGUACUCCAAGCUGCACUUUCAAAGAGGUAAAAACAGAGAAAGUAAAUUAAUUGAAUCAAAAGUUGGGUUUUUUUUUUCAAAUAAAAAUUGGAAUGCAGAACCCUUGGAACUCGUAUAUGGGAAGGGAAGGAAAAAAAAAUGGUUUGUCACUACAUAAUGUGCCAAUGUUUAUUUCUAAGUUUUGUACCAAAAUGGAAACAUAUAUGACAAUUCCACGCAAAGAGAAUAUAUCUAAGUUAUUUUUGUUAGAUAAGAAAACAUGCUUGGUCACUACAGCUGCAAGCUUUGUAUUGUAAUGCUGCAUUAUGUAAAUGUGAUGAAAAUGUUUUUGUGAAGUACUUGUAACUAAAUUCCUACAGCCAUUUUUCAUUCCCAACAGCUGUUUUUAUUUUACCUCUUUGGCCUAAAGUUUUCAUAGUUUCAAA